CUCUCUCUCUCUCUCUCUCUCUUCUCGUCUAUUGCCCCUCAGGCGUGCCUGUGCUUUGGGGCAUAUCGAUUCCGAAACUGCAUUAUCGAUCUUCUCUGCGAUUGGAGUUCGCCGAGAAUUUUCCAGGUUUAUAUUCACGCUAUGCAUUUCUGGAGAAUCAACCUUUCUUCUUCGUGUAUGUAAGAAAGCGAACUGAUCGAUAAACGAGGCGGUGCGAAUAGUAUUUGAUUUUAUGGCAAAGGUUGCGAAACCCACUUCUGUACCAUCUGCUUCUCUCCAGAUUGGUGGAGGAGCCAUCAAAGUUGGCCCAAUGGUCAAAAGAAAGACACCAUCUGAGCUGAGGGGGGAGCAGUUGAAGCGGACGAAUCCUGUGGAGAUCGUUGAUGAAUCUCCAGCCCCUUUGCUUCGUUCUACAAAUGAGGUGCAUAAUGGCCCCAAAAAAGCAGGAAACCCUAGAUACAUUGAGACCCGUAUGGAUGAACUAUAUCCUGCAAAGAAGUCGAGAUUUAGGAUGCUUUCUGGAAAAGAAAAUGCUAAGGAUGUCUCGAUGGAUCAACUUAGCAGCCUGAAAAAUCUAUCUCUGCUCUCUAAUCUAGCUGCCAAAAGAAGGCAUGAACUCUCAGGUCUGGGAAAUUCUGUUGGUUCCACUGAAGUUGCACAAGAUGAUGCAGUGCAAGCAUGUCAAACAAUUGAAAAAGUUAGUCAAAGUACAUUUCGUAGUGUUACAGAGCUUUCCAAGGGUGAUGAUGGGUCAUCUGGCUUUGCAACUGUUGAUAUGAACAAAGCGUUACAAGGACUUGCUGCCCGCGAAUCUUCAGACACUAGUGGUUUACCUGCUUCUUCCUCUGAAAGAUGCAUCGAUCAAACAUUUUCCAAUUUGGGAAAUUUCUGUGUACCUGGCCAAAAGGCUCCCUUGGAUUUUACUCUGAAAACUAGUAUGCGUGUAGUAUCCUCUUCUCCAGUAUCUUGGAUUCACAAAUCACUCAUGUCUUGUGCAUUUACUGGUCUGCCCUCUUUUGGCUUCCAAAUUGCUUGCUCUGGUGAUAAGAAUAGGAGCAACAGCGCAGGGCUCACAUCAACUUCCCACAGUUCUAAAAUUUUUCAUUCAUGGGUCUACCCACAAUCUACCUUACCACCUUCUCUCGUAUCAGUCUUGACCUCAUCAGUAGCUGGGGAAGUGGAAAUGGAUUUUCUAAAAAGGCGGCAACUAGACUGGGAGGAAUCAUUCCGAAGUCUCUACUACAUGCUUCGGGGUGGCAUUUGUAACAUCUUUUAUGUGUGUACUCCACAUUUUGUGGUGAUGUUUACUGGUUAUGAUGGAUUGGGAGGAACCAAACGCUUGUUCAAUGCUUAUAUCUCUCAGUCAACAAGAAGCUUGCGGGCAUUGUUGAAAGAGCAUGACGUCUGUUUCUCUAUGCCUCUUUGCCGUUCCAAAGUGGAGCAAGUCACAACAGAAGAUCUUGUUGAGCUCUCAGAGAUUGAGAAGCAGAAUUUAGGCCAGACUCGACGACGACUGAGUUCCUUAUCUGACAUUGAUAAUAGCCCAGAAUCCUUGCUGGCUUUCAAUGGCAACAAGAAUGUACAUGGUUUAUAUGAUAUGUUGUUAAAUUAUAGAUCUUUCUUGACUUCCUUGAUGGGAAUGGAUGUUCCUGUACUUUAUUCACCUGUGCCAUUUCAGAAUGCUGCCUCUUCUGCUCCUGAGGUUAAAUGCAUGGAGUUGAAAAGAGCAGAGUAUGCUCCUACUUCUGACAAAGGAUCCACCGUGAAAGAUGGUGAAUCUAUGGAUCCAUUGGCUUUGGGUUUCUGCUCUAGUGUGGAAAUUAAGGAUGCAUAUCUUCCACCAUGGAUAAUCUGCAGUAUAUGUGCCGUAAUGGGCUCUGAAGGGAGAAGCUUUGAAGCAAGUUUUACGACAGAACCUACUUCAAUGGCCUUGAAUGUUGCUCUAGAAGCAGUCAGUGAGAAAUCCGACGAUAAAGAAGCGAGUCAUGCUUUUGGAAUUCCAGAAGCCAUAGUUGCCUUUCAAUUGCGUUCGGGUUUAUUAAAAGGCUUGAAGUACUCAAACGGUUCAUAUACAGCUACUUUGUCUCCAAUAUGAAGUUCUCAUUUUAGAAGAAAAUCAUCAAAUAUAAUUUACAAAAUAUUAUGUUGCUUUUAAGUUUUUUGGAACCUUAGUACUUUCCUUUGUACUUUGACUAUGUACGAUCUAAAUUUUGGAAGAUUAAGACCAAUGAUUUUGGG